AUGGAUGCCACACAGCCUAUAGGUACAGAUGGUCCCAAAAUCGAUGUGUAUAAGGAUUGGCAUAUCCCAGGUAAAAUUCAGUGGAAAGCCACCGAAUUUUCCGUCAAAGAAAGUCGUGUAGAAAGCAAAUCCUCGACCUCAACUCAUCCUUCAUCGGCCACAACCAUCAACUGCAAAGGGGGGGGACCAAAACAAAAGUUCGCAUUUGUCGAUUUAUCAUCUUCUGUAACAAAAACAGAUGUUAAUGUACGAAAGUUCGUACGCAAGCAUGCGAGGAAUGAUUUCCUAAGCAAAACGACUCGGAAAAGUAAAGGAGAUCCGAAACUCCGUUCGAAAUGUAUAAAACCUUUCGUAGAACCCAAGUCAGUCAUAUCUGAUUAUCACCAACAUGACGGUCUUAUUAUUGAGAAUCUCAUCGGGUUUCCGACUGCACUCAGCUUGUCUCCAUGGCCUAUUGAGAUGACGACAAGAACGCACCGGUUGCUGAGCCGAUAUUUUACGCAUGUUAGUUCGAGAAUGUACCCAUUAUCCAAAUAUCUUUCUUCCAAUCCUCUACGUUCAGAUGAAUGGUUUCAUUUUACAAUCAGCGAUGCAGCAAUGUUUCAUGCGAUAUUAUAUGCUGGCGCAAUCUAUCUCUCCUUGCUUCAAGGUGGGAAGGAUUCGGAAGAUUCAGUAUACCACCUUGGCAAAACCUUGGAAAUAGUCCAGAAAAGACUUCAGGAUGGGAAACCAGCAGACGACAGUACUAUUGCUGCUUUGUCUUGUGUAGCUUUGGGUGAAGCAAAUACAGGGCACUUAGAUUUAUGGCAUAUUCAUAUGCGUGGUAUACAACAAAUGAUAAAUACGCGAGGCACGAUGUCGUCUCUUCCUAUGAUUAUACAGACAAAACUUCGUCGGUCUGAUAUCACUGGUGCGAUUGAUUAUGCUGCUGAACCGUAUCUUUACUACAAGCCACGAAAUCAUUCUGAAAUAUCAAUAUCUACAAUUCUACCGAUGCAUAGAAUCGGCACCAUCAAUGCUUACAUUGAAAUUACACUCGCUAGAUGCGGUAUUCAUCCAAAUCUCAUACAGACAAUGCAACAUCUAGCUAUCUUCUACCAGUCCAUACAGUUCGCCUCAUCAAGCAGAAUUCUUCUCGACCCAGGAAAUUUUCUUGAUGAUAUUUACUGGAUUGAGUAUGAAUUGUUAUCAUUUCCCCUGUCUCUAGAAGAGAACCAAGAACCUAUUAUCGACAAAGCAACUCGUAUCGGAGCUCUACUAUUCAUGAAAUCGAUAAUUGAAGAAUACCCGCAUUCCUCGACUGGUCCUUCUAUCCUCUUACAACAAUUACAAGAAUCUCUGUCCACAAUUGAUACCGCUACAACCACAGAACAAACAUGUCAAUGGCUGAUUUGGUUAUUUACUAUUGGUGCUGUUCAUUCAAGGCGGGAUCAUAUCACACGAACUUGGUUUGUGGAGCAAUUGGCGGGGUUGCAUUUGGAGCGCCUAAGAGAUUUGCUAGUUGGCGGGCAAGUACAUGCAGAGAAGUUAGAAGAAGAAGACGAAGGAGAACCUCAAUUAUGGAGAUUAUUGGAGCUGAGACAUGUUAUUGGAGAGAGAGAUCUCCUCCUACUUUGGGAUGAUGUUGCUCGGUGGAGACGAGAAUCUUACGAUUUUGGGGAAGGGAAUUGA